AUGGCGACCGUGGAAACAUUGACUUCCGCCCCGAUACCUUCGUCGGCAGCAUGGUUCCAAAUCGGCAAGCGGCCAUUGCUGGCCAGUAACAAAGAGGGUUUCCCGUCGAAGAAAGUUGCCUCAAUGCCAGAAUUUGUCACAUUUGAUGCGUCGAAACAUCUGGAGUUCACCCCACCCUCGAAACUGUACACGAUGGAAGAGCUGGGCUUCUCUGGUAGCAAAGGGGUUUCCCCUAUCGGUGUAUCGGAACCGUUCUCACUGUUCUCUGCCGAAGCUGUCCAGCAAAUGAGAAAGGAGAUUUUGAACCCGGAGGUGCGAAAAAAGUACGAAUAUUCGAGUGACCUGGCCCAAUGUCAACUGAGAGGAUAUGCAGCGGACUGUGCACCGUUCAUUUAUGAUGCAUGGAAAAGUCCCGAGACUCUAGAGAUUGUCUCAAGUAUCGCUGGCGUUGAUCUUGUCCCUGCCAUGGAUUUUGAGAUUGGCCACAUCAAUUUUUCCGUGAGCAGCGAGGAAGAUAAAUCGAGGGAUCUUGCUGCUGCGGCAGAGAAUAAAGAGCGCAAGGCCAGAGGGGAGUUGCAAGAAGAUGAAAGUCCUAUCGUGGACUGGCACACUGAUAGUUACCCGUUUGUUUGCGUGACUAUGCUGUCCGAUUGUACCAACAUGAUCGGUGGCGAGACCGCUCUCAGAAAUGGAAACGGUGAGGUGGUGAAGGUCCGCGGGCCGCAAAUGGGCUCGGCCGUGAUUCUGCAAGGUCGGUAUAUCGAGCAUAAAGCGCUUCGGGCACUGGGUAUGACAGAGCGGAUCACAAUGGUAACAUCUUUCCGUCCCCGAUCGUCAUCCAUAAAGGAUGAUAGUGUUCUCACAACGGUUCGUCCCGUCUCAAUACUCGGUGACUUGUAUCAUCAAUUUGCGGAGUAUCGCUUCGAGAUGCUUCAGGAUCGAUUCCGUGAUGCCAAUCGGUUCAUGCGGGACCAGAAAAGAGCAAGGCGUCAAUUUGAUACGGCCAGUCUCAAGCUGUUCAUUCGCGAACAGAUCGAUUUUUUGGAGCAUAUGGAUAAGGAGAUUGUUGAAGAUGACAAAGUCCAGAAGGGCAUGUCCGAUGGCAAUCACCUUCGCUCGGACGAACUAAAACAGCAAUGGAACAAGAAACAGCUCCACACUGCUAAAAAGUAA